GCAGUUUUUUUGCUAUGGUGCCUUGCUUCCCCCUUGGCCUUCUACUAUCUCUCACUUCCGCAUCUACAUCGUGCGAUCGUCUGUCUCAUGAUGACCCAUUCGGGCAUGGCAUCAUCUAGCUGACGUCGGACGAUGAGCUACGGGAUCGAAACUUGGCAACACUCGGUGCCCGGCGAAGGGAACGCGGAGCCUUCGUCAUCCCAGACGGAUGGACUUGCCUCUCGUCUGAGCAGGACUGCCUCUGAGCUCUUUGCACUCGCUCUUCAGCACGCCCGGCGGCAGACAUCGAAAGCAGUAUUUCGGACGCUUGAGCGCGAAUAUGGCUAUCUUCAGCUGUGGUGCGACGGCUACGGCGCGGUCACCGGUGAUCUGGACGACGUCUUGGCCGAGUCAAGGAGAUUGCGGUAUUCCACCUACCGCUUGUUGGUCAGCCUUUGCCAAAUUCUGACAGAGAAACUUGUGGGCGUGCUGCUCCCUGGUGUUGAUGAUGCUGCAUAUCGCAGACUGAACGAGAAGGCGGCCCAGGCCAAAGACGUGGUUGAGGCGACAAUUUUCGCUAUCCGCAAUGUCGAUGGCAGCGACACAGAUUCCGACUCAGAAAGCGACUGCUCAUCUUUCACUUGGGAGAGUUCAGUCGAAGACAUCAUUGAGAACAUCAAAACCGAUAUCCGAUGUCUCGUGGACCUUGGCCCGAGGUACAAAGAACCAAUUCGAGACAGAACGGUGGCCGAGGUAGCCGCAGUCCCAGGGCCUGUGUCAACUUGGGAUCAGGCGGAAUAUCUUGCGUCUCGCAUUCGCCAUCGCUACCCGAAUGUGGAUGUUGAACUGGCUCGCAUUCUCGGCCAGGCGAACUGGGACAGGUUUCGGAGAUUGUCUGAGUACAAGGAACAGAACAUCCGUGAAGCUCAACGGCCAGCAAACAAGCCGGAGCCAGCACUCAUGCUGUCUGGGACUGUCGUUGCUUCCGACUUCCAUGAUUCCGGAUUAGGGACCUCAUUGGCCACGCCUAGCUCGUACGCUGAAACAGUCCUCUCCUACCACGGCACAAAGGGAGGUUCCAUCAAGAUCCCACCGGCCCCUCCCGAAGCACUCGAGGGAAAACCGUUCCUGUGCGAUAUAUGCGGGCGCACCUGCCGCUUACCAGGCGUGAACUGGAAGUCUCUUUGGAAAAAGCACGUCCUUUCGGAUCUCGAGCCGUACGUCUGCGUCAUCCCAAGCUGCCUGUAUAGCACAGUUCCUUUCCCAGACAAGAACUCGUGGAAGCAUCAUCUCGAUUUGGAACAUGAAUUCACCAACACCUCCUUCACAUGUCCGCUGUGCCAGGAGGAGCCCACUGGCGGAAGACUAGCCCAUAUGGCCCGACACCUUGAAGAGGUGUCGUUGACCAUCCUCCCGGCAAACGCAGGAUCCGACGAGGACUUCGAUGGAACUUCAAAUGAAUCAGACGGAGAAGCCAGUGUCUCGAACAGCUCCUUCAAGUUACCAGAGACGGACACAGUCGACGAGCCAGCGGCGAGCCACAAGCAGGACAAGCUCUGGCAGUGCGAGCACCCAGGAUGCGAGCGGAGCUUUGUCACAAAAACGCAGUUCGACCGCCACAUCAAUGACAAACACCUUACGCCGCGCCAAUUCUAUUGCACUCAGCUUGAGUGCGAAUAUUCGAGGCAAGGCACCAAAGCCUUCAAUAGAAAGGACAGCUGGAAGCGGCACAUGUUGAACAAGCACUCUAUCGACCCCCAAGACAUGACAUACGACUAUACGGGUUACUUUCCGGAAGGCGACUACGUCGAGGACACUUUGCUGAACUCCUUGACGCCGGACCCGCAGCCAGGAGACGGGGCAGACACGGUUGACGAUAAGUCAAAGCGCAUCCAAGCUUCACCGCAAGCGUCCAGCUACACAUUUUCGGCAGAUGCACGCCCCCGGAGGUCCGCCGGUUUUUACACAUAGGUCAAAGCAGUCCCGAGGCCUCGGGGGAGCGGACAGAACACCAUCAUCGUCCACCACAACCGCUCCCACGAGGACUUAGACGAACAGAUGGCCAGACGACACCACAAGUAACACAAAUCGGGAGCCUUAUUUGCGUUGGUUAAGGGUAAUCUUGGUGGUUUUGCGUCGCAAACAAAGCCUCAAAUGGUUAGCAAAUACUGCCAAACCUCCAUCUGACCCCUAACUCCGGCCAAACCACCUGCUUUUCUUCCCGCCUACAUCUUCUGUGGACAUCUCCGAUGACACGUUGAACUGCUCAACACCAGGAAUAAAGUGUGAUGCAAAGGGCUUGAAUGCGACUCUGGAGGUGGCCCGGUUUGAAAGAUUGGCAAAUUACAUCCUAGCGUCUGCAAGUGAGAUAAAUCCCAGCUCACAUCAAGGGCAGACCUGAUCGCCCUCUUACACGGGCUAAUACAGUGCUCCAACUUCA